AUGGAUGUGCCGGCGGGUUCAUUGGACAGGGGAAGUGCGUUCAGUCGGACGCAUUCCGGAACUACGUGCGAUUCGUGGAGUGGUCGAGAAGGGUUAGGGUUAUUUCUGCAAGAAGGCAGCCGGGAACUAGAUAGAUGUGGUGGUGGUGAUCCUGAGAUCAGUUUGCGUGGAGCUAUGCGCCAGAAAGAACGCACGCUCGUCGAGUAUCUCUCGCAUGCGGAAGAGAUCCGAAGCCAAGUGUCUUUGGAGAAGAGAGAGAAGCUCUUUGUUGAGACGUUUCUGACGGGUCUGGAAAGCUCGGAUAUACGAGCUCGGAUAGAAGAGCAGAUGCGCGAUGCUGGGCACUGCUGGGCGGCUUUGAUGGCCGUUGUGCAGGAUAUCAUACGAGAAAGCCCUCAGAACAUUGCGGGACCAAAACAGUCGCCUACGAAGUUGGUUGGCGAAGGAAGCAUUGCAACCGCUAGGGGUGAAAAUGGGACAGCUACACGCCAUGAACCUAAAAGGAGGAGGCGUAUAUCAAUUGUACCGGCGGAUGCAGACGAUGUCCCUUUCAUGGUGUACGUGCGCAGCUGGACAAGUCUAGAAUGA